AUGGGUGACAUAAAAUCUUUUUUCCAUCAAUGGUGUGCGAAAAAUAGCAAAGAACCACAAUUUGACGUGAGGCCAACAGGUAUGAUAAAACUAUUUUUUAAACAGUAUAUAAAUAAAAUUUGUUGUAAAAUUAAUGAUUUUAUAGGGCCAAAACAUCGACAACGAUUUCUUUGUGAAUUACGAGUACCCGGAUUUGAUUAUGUGGGUGCAGGAAAUUCAACUAGCAAAAAAGAUGCUCAAGGAAAUGCAGCCAAGGACUACGUUAACUAUUUAGUUCGUUCAGGACAUGUGAACGCUGAUGAUGUUCCAAGAGAUACAACAAGCAUUCAAUUACAAGAGCCAAUAGUCCCUAAAACAGAAUUUAUUGAGCCAGUAAAAUCUGUGUUUCAAGAUGGAAUGGGUCCUAAUGACAUUGGCGAAGCAUAUAGAGCUUAUAACGAAUAUGGUCAAAGUAAUUAUACGUAUAUUGAUAGAAUAGCAGAACAAAAGAAAGUUGCAGAUGCAGAGGAUAUUGAUGUCAAUUCUGGUAUUCAUGGAAAUUGGACAAUAGAAAAUGCUAAAUCAAAGCUACAUCAAUUUAUACAAACUAACAAAGUUAAUGCUGAUUAUAAAUAUACGACACUUGGUCCAGAUCAUACGAGAUAUCACUGGUCGUGAAACUGGUUCAAAUAAACAAACUGCAUCAAAAAGUUGUGCUUUGUCUAUUGUUCGACAAUUAUAUCACCUUGGUGUUAUUGAAGCAUUUAGUGGAACUUUAAAAAAAAAUAAAGAAGCAGAACAAAUAAAACCAUAUCCAGUUAAAAUUGCACCAGAUUUGAUAAAUCAGAUACAUGAUGUAUUAUCAAGUUUAGAUAUAAAACCAGUUCCAGUGCAGCGUGAAGAUGAAGUGGUAAUAUGUAAAAAAGAAGAACCCUUUGUCUCUUUAUUAACAAAUCAAGUGUUAGAUGAUUUUAUUUCAUCUGCGCCUCAACCAGCUGGAGUAGUAAGUUGGUCUCCUCCACAACAAAAUUGGAAUCCAUGGACAGGUUGUAAUAUUGAUGAAGGACCAUUAGCAGUAAUAUCUUUGGAACAAUUGUCAAAAGAGUUAUUACGUGAAGAACGAGAAAGAUUGCAACAAGAUGAGAGUCUUCAAAAAAGUAUUAAGGACAGAUCUCAUUUACCAGUUUUUUCAAUGAAGAAUAAAAUAAUGAAUGCUAUCAAUGAAAGUCCUAUAGUUAUUAUUCGAGGAAAUACUGGUUGUGGUAAAACAACUCAAGUGUGUCAGUUCAUUUUAGACGAUUACAUUGCAUCAGGUCAAGGUGCAUUUUGUAAUAUUGCUAUAACACAACCUAGAAGAAUAUCUGCUGUAUCUGUAGCUGAUCGAGUUGCUUCAGAAAGACACGAAAAUUUAGGAAUAUCUAUUGGAUAUUCCGUAAGAUUUGAAUCUUGUUUGCCGAGACCUUACGGUAGCAUAAUGUUUUGUACUGUUGGUGUUCUUCUAAGAAAAUUAGAAGGUGGUUUGAGAGGUGUAUCUCAUGUUAUUGUUGAUGAAAUUCAUGAACGAGAUGUUAAUUCUGAUUUUAUCAUGGUUGUACUUCGUGAUAUGAUUCAUAUGUAUCCUGAUUUGCGAAUUAUUCUAAUGUCUGCUACAAUCGACACUACGUUAUUCAGUAAUUAUUUUAAUAAUUGCCCAGUAAUAGAAAUACCUGGAAGAUCGUUUCCAGUGCAAGAAUAUUUCUUAGAGGACUGUAUACACUUAACAAAGUUUGUACCACCUUUCGAUUCUAAGAAACGGAAAAAUCGAGAUUCAGAUGAUUUACCGACAGACGGAGAACCAGAAGAAAACUUGAAUAAAGUUAUUGAUGGAAAUUAUUCUAUACAAACGAAAAAUGCCAUGGCACAACUUUCUGAAAAAGAGAUAAAUUUUGAACUUAUAGAAGUUCUAUUAAAAUACAUUAAGGAUCAAGAUAUUCCUGGUGCCAUACUAAUUUUUUUACCUGGUUGGAAUUUAAUAUUUGCAUUAAUGAAAUACUUACAACAACAUCCUGUUUAUGGAAGCUCAAGUUAUGUAAUUAUACCAUUGCAUUCACAAUUACCUAGGGAAGAUCAACGUAGAGUUUUCGAACCUGUAAUGUUAGGAGUAACAAAAAUUAUUUUGGCAACAAAUAUUGCUGAGACUUCAAUCACAAUUGAUGAUGUAGUUUAUGUGAUAGAUUCUAGCAAAGCUAAAAUGAAGCUUUUUACUUCUCACAAUAACAUGACGAAUUAUGCUACUGUUUGGGCUAGUAAAACAAACUUAGAACAAAGAAAAGGUAGAGCAGGUCGUGUCAGACCAGGGUUUUGUUUUCAUUUAUGCUCUAAAGCACGAUACAAUAAAAUGGACGAACAUAUAACUCCAGAAAUGUUUAGAACAGCGUUACAUGAACUAGCAUUAAGCAUCAAAUUAUUAAGAUUAGGGAGUAUUGGAAAGUUCUUGUCAAAAGCAAUUGAACCACCACCAAUAGAUGCUGUAAUCGAAGCUGAAGUUGUAUUACGCGAGAUGAAGUGUUUGGAUGAAAAUAACGAACUAACACCUCUUGGAAAAAUAUUAGCUCGAUUACCCAUAGAACCACGUUUAGGCAAAAUGAUGAUUCUAGGUUGCAUAUUUCGUGUUGGUGAUGCACUUUCAACAAUGGCUGCAAAUAGUACAACAUUUCCAGAAGUGUAUAAUAUAGGCCCUGAUGUAAGACGAUUAUCUGCAGAACAAAAAUGGUUUGCUGGUGGAAGAUAUAGCGAUCAUGUAGCAAUGUUACAUGCUUUUCAAGCAUGGGAAGAAGCUAGAGCUGAUGGAGAAUAUGCACAACUAGCAUUUUGUGAUUCAAAAAAUUUAAGCAUGGCCACAUUGAGAGUGACGUGGGAAGCUAAGAAUCAAUUACAAGCACUUUUACAAAGUGCAGGAUUUCCGGAAGAAACUCUUUGUCCUAUACCGUUAAAUUAUCAAGCUGGUGCAGAUGUUCGUCUUGACACAAUUACGGCGUUAUUAUGUAUGGGUCUUUACCCAAAUGUUUGCUAUCAUAAAGAAAAGAGAAAGGUUCUUACUACUGAAUCUAAAGCUGCAUUGAUUCAUAAAACAUCAGUCAAUUGUAGUAAUUUUGAGCAAAAUUUUCCAUUCCCAUUUUUCGUAUUUGGGGAGAAGAUUCGUACAAGAGCAGUAUCUUGUAAACAAAUGACUAUGGUAUCACCGAUUCAUUUAUUAUUAUUUGGUUCUCGAAAGGUCGAAUACGUUGAUAAAGUAGUAAAACUGGAUAACUGGAUCAACUUAGAUAUGGAUCCAGUUCAUGCAGCGGCAAUAGUUGCUUUACGACCUGCAUUAGAAAGCCUAGUUGUAAAAGCUGCAAAAGAACCUGAAACUAUUCUACAAUUAAGUCCUAAUGAACAAAAGGUGUUAAACGUGAUCAAGGCAUUAUGCGUAAUGAAUGCAUGCCGUUAUGAAUUAGAUCAGAUUACAGAUGGUAGCUUCUACUCACGAGGACCACGAAGGAGACAAUCUGUUAAUUUUUAUUCGGAAAGUGGUAUUCCCCCCAAAUUAAUGCGCGGAAGUAGUAAUUAUCGUGGAAGCAGUAGUGGAUACUCAAGAUAUGAUAAUUAUGGCGGAUAUAGAAGCGGUGGUAGUAGAGGAUACGGAAUGAAUAAUUCACGUGGAAGAGGUGGUGGAGGUUGGGGUGGGGGCAACCAUACGUUUGUAGUAUUGGUCGGUAUCGAAUGAAAAAAAAUGGCGAAGGUUCGCGUAUAAAGACGAUCGUCAACAGAGUUGACAGAAACUAAUGAAAUUGGCUAAUGUCAAGUUUGACAACGUAAUACAUGAAAAAUGUUCCCUCUAGUCCGCGCCGCCUCGGUGCGUUUCGUAUGAUCAAGUACAACGUUUUACACAAGUGUUCAAUCAAGUGAGAAAACAACGGGAGAAAAAAGGAGAAGCAGGAGUCCAGUGGUUGCGAAACGUCACAGAUCACAACACGGAACGGACCACUCCAAGGCAAGAUGUUUCACUUCAUUCACUCCGGGGAGCCCUUCGAUACUUAAAAAGUAGUGAUCAUGGAAACGAUCACGGACGACGGGAUUCACCAGUCCUGACGUGAAUUCGUGAUGACCUGAUUUAAUCUUUUUGUUUUAAAAGUAUCUGAUCUUGAACUGUGCACCGUGCAAGGUUAUGUGCAGUUAUGCAUCUGACAUUUGGAUCUCUUACGAACGUUCAAGAAUUCCUUAGCCGUAUUUGGCAAUUAAUGCGACAUAAAAUAACGAUCAAUCUUAAACCGUGUAAAAGAGUAUGCGAUUCAUGUUUUUUUAAAUAUGCCUUGCUGUUUGAAACUUUUUUAAAAGAAUCUCUCGAUUACUACACGAAGUAAAAGUUGAUGUACUAAUUCUUAAAGAGUUGAGUGUAACGAUCGUUUCUAUAUUUUGCAUUAGUUGCCUUGUGGGAAUUGUCGCUUAUUCAAGUAUAAAAAAUGAGUCAAAUAGAAAUGGAUCAAGAAACUGUGUAUGGGACCCAUGAGGAUAGUCAUGUGGUCAUGUCAGAGAAAGUGCAAUCUUUGGCUGGUAGUAUUUAUCAAGAGUUUGAAAAAAUGAUAGCACGUUAUGAUGAAGAUGUGGUCAAAGAUCUAAUGCCUCUCCUAGUCAAUGUCCUAGAAUGUCUAGACAUAUCCUAUACUGAGAACCAAGAACGUGAAGUUGAAUUGGAAUUAUUAAGAGAAGACAACGAACAACUUGUUACACAAUAUGAAAGGGAAAAGCAAUUAAGAAAAGCAUCUGAUCAGAAAUUAUUAGAACUUGAAGAUGUAGCAGAAGAUGAAAGAAAGGAACUUUUAUCAAAAAUUGAUAGUUUGGAAUCAAUCGUACGAAUGCUGGAACUGAAGACAAAAAAUUCACAUGAUCACGUUGUUCGUCUCGAAGAAAAGGAAGCUGAAUUGAAACGUGAAUAUACCCGACUGCAUGAAAGAUACACGGAACUAUUUAAAACGCAUGUAGAUUAUAUGGAAAGAACCAAGAUGUUAGUUGGAAGUACAGAAAGAUUAGAAAAUUCAUCUACUGGCCGUGGCCCAUCACGAUUACCUUCUCUUGGUUUGACUCAUAUGUCUCGAAGUUCUGGACCACUGAGCUAUGGUUUUCAGAGCUUAGAGGCCAGCAUAAAUGCGGAAGAAAUUCAACAAGAAGGAAGUCCACCAAGUGCUGUUGCUAAUUUAAGAACUGAAAUGUUGGACAGUAGCAGUGAAGCUGCUAUUGAAACAUCUGAUAAAAGUCAAUUAACAGAUAAACCAGCACAAGCAAACAAAACAACUGCAAUUUCUAGACAUGAGAGUCCAGAAACUGAAAUACCUCCUCCUUUGGUUACACCGACAUCACCGACUAUAGAAAAGUUAGCUACUACUCCUAGUGGAAGAAGUAGAACAGAAAGAGAGCAACGAAGUGGUAACACAUUAUACCAAGAACUCAGUUUUCAAGAUGCUGAUGCAUUGGGUGAGAUGGAUGAAGGAGCAGAUAUUACUGCGAACAAGAAAUAUUACGCGAAGAAGUUCGAAGUUUGCAACAAGCUAGAGAACGCUUACGGCAAAAAGUCGCUGCCCUUGAAGAAGAACUGAAAAAAGUUAAAGAAGAGGCCGAGGCAGCAGCAAAAGCAGCCAAGAGUGACGACGAAGAGGAUGUAUCAUUAGCACAACGAAAGAGGUUCACUAGAGUUGAAAUGGCUAGGGUGCUUAUGGAGAGAAAUCAGUAUAAGGAACGUUUCAUGGAACUUCAAGAAGCGGUUAGAUGGACAGAAAUGAUAAGAGCAACAAAGACUGAUCCUUCUAGUAUAUCGAGUGGAAAAGUAUCGAUGUGGAAGUUAUUUAGCAAUCUCUUCACGGGACCUGCGAAUCGAGGAGCCUUAGUUCGUGGACCACACACAUUACCUCAUAUGAGGUAUAGCGCACCAACCAACCAAGUUGUCCCAGCACCACCUUUGGAUACCAUGCGUAGACGUACGUUGAAAGGUCGCCAUGAGUUUUUCGACCAGGGAGACACCAUAUCUUCCGAGAAACUAGUGGCGAGACGUGCAAAUGAACGAAGAGAGCAGUAUCGUCAAGUUCGUGCACAUGUUAGGAAAGAGGAUGGACGAUUGCAUGCAUAUGGCUGGAGUUUACCAGGGAAACCAAGUGCUCCAGUUAGACAACCUGUUCCAGUGCCAGUUUAUUGCAGACCUUUACAAGAAUCUGAACCUGGCAUGAAGAUAUGGUGUGGUGCUGGUGUAAAUCUAAAUGGUGGUAAAACGCGAGAUGGUGGUUGUAUGGUUGGAGGGAGUGUAUUUUAUGCUGCUGAAGCUCAAGAAGUAAAUACGAAUACAAAAGCUGAAGCGGAAGAUGCUAUCGAGCAUUUGGAUAAGGAGCUUCAAGAGAAUGAAAAUCAGAGGGUUGAGGCAGAACAGUUAGAACAGCAUCUUAGUUCGUUAGUAUGGAUAUGUACAUCGACUCAAAAGAUGUCAAAAGUUACUGUGAUAGAUGCUAACAAUCCAGCCGAUAUUUUGGAAGUCUUUAGCGUUUGUCAAGGACAUUUACUUUGCAUUGCAAGUGUACCUGGAGCCAAAGAGAGUGAUUACGCUCAAGCUAUGAAUGAAGAUCCAAUUCGAACUGCCAAUGGAAUAAAUGAGAACGAUAACCAUGAAGUAAAUGCGACUUCAAACAUUGAACAUAAUACUCCAGCAUUGUCGGAAAAGAAUAAAAGUGAAUCUGAGAAUGUAUCGGAAGAACAAAAUAAUGAAAAUGUUAAAAAGUUAGAUGAUGGUAAUCAAAGUAUCACUACUGAGACACAAAGUUUGGAAAGUGUAGAUAGUGAGACGACGAAUUUAGGGAAAGUACAUUUCAUAAAAGCUAAUGCAGAGGGAUCAAACUUACGAUUGGACGAGAAAGAAGAAACAAUCGAGCAGAAAGAAAAUAAAAUCGAGGAAGAUACACCUAUAGAAAAGAUGUCUUCAAUACAACCAACAAUGUGGCUUGGAGCUCAAAAUGGUGCGGUAUUUGUUCAUUCAGCUGUUGCUAAAUGGUCAGUUUGUUUGCAUUCUGUCAAACUGAAGGAUGCUGCACUGGCUAUCGUACAUGUACAAGGACGAGUUCUUGUUGCUCUUGCCGAUGGAACUGUUGCACUGUUUCGAAGAGGUCCAGACGGGCAAUGGGAUCUAUCUCAGUAUCAUGUGAUUACAUUGGGUAGUCCACAACACUCAAUCAGGUGCAUGACGGCUGUUAGUGGUAAAACUGUAUGGUGCGGAUAUAGAAAUAAAAUUCAUGUAAUAGAUCCAGUCUCAAUGAUUGUUGAGUGCACUGUCGAUGCUCAUCCACGACGGGAGUCGCAAGUGAGACAAUUAGCUUGGUUGGGUGAAGGAGUGUGGGUCAGCAUUAGAUUAGAUUCAACACUAAGACUCUAUCAUGCUCAUACUUACCAACAUCUUCAGGAUGUUGAUAUUGAACCUUACGUUAGCAAAAUGCUUGGGACCGGGAAACUUGGUUUCUCAUUUGUAAGAAUCACUGCGUUACUCAUUUCCUCCAACAGGCUAUGGAUUGGCACAGGAAACGGAGUAAUAAUCUCUGUUCCUUUAUCUGAAAGUGCUGGUGGUUCAAUGGCGGUGUCCAGAGUUCAAGCAGGAAAUGCUAAAGGUGACGCGCCGGGUGUUGGCGUUAGAAUUUUCGCCUCAGAACGUGGUGUUACGCCCGGCAGUUUUAUACCUUAUUGUAGUAUGGCUCAUGCUCAACUUAGCUUUCAUGGACAUAGGGAUGCUGUGAAAAUGUUCGUUGCAGUGCCUGGUGAUGGAGAAGACACAGAAGAGACUAUGGAACGAUCUAACAGUGCUGUCGCUGCGAAUGCCGAAGAACACGGAGAACAAAGUCAUUUAAUUGUAUGGCAAGUGCAAUGUCCUUUACCAGUGCCAAUGAAUGGCUAGCCUAGAAAUUCUGAAAGCAUGUUGAUCCCAGUGUAUGAUUCAGCUUGAAUUUCUACACGUAAAUCGAGGCGUUUAAACGGUUCUCGUGAAAUUGAUAAAUUAGACCUAUCUUUUGGUCGAGCGAAUGCCGCAUCUAUUUAAUUAUACUUAUAUAACGAUUGUAGCGAAAUAUGCAAACGAUUCUACUACGAAUAUGCAUAACAGUGAAAGAAAAGGAGAUAUUGUGCAAUUCUGAGGAUAUUAGAGAUAAUUUUCAAUAUUUCAUUAUGGGUGAUAAUUUCUAAACGAGGGGGCUUCAUUUCUUUUAGGGUAUCACGUUAAGCAGCAUUGACAAGAGAUUAACUUCUUAGAUAUGGGAUAUCUAGCGCGGAAUUUUUAAAAAUUGAAAGAUAAUUAGAAUCUCUUAACGGAAUGCUUAUAACCCUUUUAGCUAUUAACUUUAAAAACGUCCUCUAAAAGUAAUUUAUUGAAAUAUUAAUUCGACGUUGCGCGUCGAUAAUGUAAUUUAUAACGGAACUUCUUUUCUUUUGACGAUCAUGCAUGUCUUCUUUGUGCGUUCGUUGAACGAAGCACGUACCUAAGAAUUAAGUACAUUCGUACAUAGCAUGUUUUGAAAGAAAAACGUCUUGAAGUCAGUGUUGAUCGAGGAAUGUUGAAGCUAUAAGUAUUACAUUUCCGCCAAUAUAUGUGAUAACCGAUAAAGGUAUGGGAUAAUCAGUCUCAAAGCUGCCGUGACAUUUGCUGUAAUAAAAAUCAAGAUUCAUGGAAGUUAAAUAACAAUCAUUGUACAAUGUUCAUUUGCAGGGAUGAGAGGUGCAACCGGUUCAAGUAAUACGUAUUUAAACAUAAUCUAUUGUACAUUGUUUCUGUUAGAGAAUAUAUUAUUUUCCAAACUUGACCGGUUUGAUUCGCGUAAAAAAAAAAUAUAUAUAUAUAUAUCUAUAUAUAUACAUACAUGGAAUAUAAUAUAUUUUUUAUGUUCUGCUAUCUUCAAAUAUCACCGCGUUCGGUCACGCCUAUUUUUUUCUUCGGAUCUUAUUAAAACAUGAUCUUUGAAGAACAUUUCAAUGAAU